AUGUCCUCCUUCCCACAUCACCCCAUCCAAGACAACUCGGAUAUCCUGCAUGCAUGUACCACAUGCAGCGAUGAUUUGACAGCCUCGCAUAACGCCUCUCUCCAGACAGCGCCAACAGCCAGCCCUCUGACUUACACGACCCCAGCAACCCCCGGACUGCAGAACAACCCCGGACUUGCAGUCCGACCCCUUUCCUCCUCCUCCUCCUCCUCCUCCAUCAUGGAGCACAUCAGCCGCGUCUUCUCCUCCGCGAUCAACAAGCCCAUCCGCACCCAUAAACUCGACCGCUCACAAGCUCCCUUCCUCAACGCCCGCGGCUACGUCGACUUUGCGCCCAAUGACCCGGAAAACCCCCUGAACUGGAGCAUGGCCCGCCGCGCCGGCAUCUCCGCCGUCUCCGUGCUCCUCGUCCUCAACGCCACCAUGGCCUCUUCCGCGCCCAGCGCCGUCAACGCCUCCCUCGACAAGCAUUUCCGCGUCUCCGCCGAAGUCUCCGCCCUCACCGUCACCCUUUUUCUACUCGGCUACUGCGCGGGCCCUCUGCUCUUUGCGCCCCUCAGCGAAUUCUACGGCCGCCGCAUCAUCUUCAUCAUCACGUUUGCCGGCUACGUCGCUUUCAGCUUCCUCACCUCGUGGCCGCCCAACUUCGCCGCGCUGCUCGUCGGCCGCUUCCUCACCGGCACGUUCGCCUCGGCCCCGCUGAGCAACGCGCCCGGCGUGCUCGUCGACCUCUGGGACCCCGUGCACCGCGCCACGGCGUUUGCCUGCUUCUCCACCAUGGUCUGGAUCGGACCCGCCGUUGGCCCCGUCGUCGCCGGCUUUUUGCAGCUCAGCAAAGGCGACGACGGCUGGCGCUGGUGCUUUUGGAUGCUGCUCUGGCUGGCCUCCUUCACCAUGCUGCUCGUCGUCACCAUGCCCGAAACGUACCCGCCGAUUGUCCUUUUACAAAAGGCCAAGCGCGCGCGGCAGCACGGGUUUCCGCAGGCCCGGGCCGAGAUUGAGGACUCGGAUCGCUCCCUCGGCGCCGCGUACAAGGUGGCCCUGACGCGGCCUUGGAUCAUCUUGUUUGACACGAUAUCGCUGCUGUGCGCCAUCUACCUGGCCGUCGUCUACAUGCUGCUCUACAUGCUCUUCUCCAUCUAUCCCCUCGUCUUUCAAAAGAUGCGCGGGUGGAACGCCGGUAUUGGCGAGUUGCCGCUUCUCGGCACCGCCGUCGGAGCUGCCUGUGGCGGCGCAAUCGUGGCCUUGGACUCGCACCUCCGACAGAGAAAGAUUGCCAAUGGCAGCCUCAAGAUAUCCGAGCUGACUCCCGAAGACCGCUUGCCGCUUGCCAUGGUUGGUGGCAUUGGCUUCUUCAUCAGCAUGUUUUGGCUUGCAUGGUCCGCCAAUUACAACUCCGUUCACUGGAUUGUGCCUACCAUUGGUGGCGGCGUCUUGUCCGCCAACAUGCUGCUCGUCUUCGUCGCCUACUUCAACUACCUCGUCGACGUCUACCUCAUGUACGCCGCCUCCGCCCUCGCCGCCAACACCGUUGUCCGCUCCGCUGGCGGUGCCGCCGCCCCGCUAUUCACCCGUCAAAUGUUCUCCGCCAUGGGCAUUGGCGGCGGCGGCUCUCUGGUCGGCGGCGUAGGCGCGCUUCUGGCCAUCAUCCCGUUCCUCUUUUACAAAUACGGCCCGCAGAUUCGCGCCAGAAGCAAGUUCUCGCCCACCGGCUUAAAGUCCAAGGAGGAGCAGAAUGCGCAGUUUAGGAGCGGACCUGAUGAAGAGAGCGCGCUAGAAACGACGUCAAACGAGGGCUCAAGUCGAGCAGUCGGUACUCGGGAGCAGGAAAAGGUCAAGCUCGCAGUCAUCAACAUGUAG